AUGACACUAGCACUCUUAAUCGUACAAACCAAAUUAACUGAUAAUUAUCCAACUCAAUUAUUCGAGUUUAGUAAUUCCAGCAAUACUACUAGCUUUGAAUCUAUUGAAAGUUAUCAAUAUUUGAUGAAAUUAUAAACUCAUAGGUUAGAAUAAUAAAAGCAAAGUUCUAAAACGAAAACUGAUAUAGAUUACGAACUUUUCAAUAGUUUUUUAACUGGAUGCUAGGCAUUUAUUUAAUUACCUUAACUUCGUAACUGUAAUGACGAUCUAUAGUAUACGAUCAACAUUUUCAACUAGACGAUUAACUAGGAUAAAUUCUUGAAGCAAAGAAGUGAGAUUAUUUUAUUUAGUGUCACACAAAUUCUAAGCAACUCAACUGCCAGCUCAAUCAAUUACUGCUAUUCAUCUGGCUAUCAAUUCAUCAUUGAAACACUUAAAAAGCUCAGCAAAUUCCCUACUCCAGCUGAUUUCUGGAUAGCAUUCCUGAGAACUCAAAUGGGAAAUAUAAUUGUGUACAAUUCAAUAUAUCAAAACAUAAAAGUAUAUGGAAAAAAAAACCAGUAAAAAGAGUUAUACUAUGAAGUUGGCAGAUUUUACUAUUCAUUUACUGACAUUGAGCCUUUUCUUGACGGAUCAUUUUCAGAAUCAUCUAACAGCAAAACAGAGGCUAGAUUACGAGAUAUCAAUUCAUAGACAAUUCUGCAGGAAUAAUCCCAACAUACCAUUGUGGAACUUAUCAUCCUUAACUCUCUGGCUUUUCUCAAUUCUUUUCUUGUAGAAUCAUUUGGAGUGAAAAAUGAGGACCCAGUUAUAUGCACAGGAAAUUUAACUUUAUUUACUAAUUAUCUCAGUGAUCUUGCCUAUGAAAUUUCAGGAGUUUAAGCCUCCAUGUUUGGACAAGGGAUAUCAAACCUAAUGAGGACAUUCCAUCCAAUCCUAUUUUCAUGCUCUUAAAGCGUAGGAAAUAUUUUCAGUGACUUACGAGACUACUAGUACACAAUUACAAAUCCAUUAAGUCUGAUUUCUAAUCUGUUUCAUGGUUCUGGAGAUAUUUAUGAUAAUGUCCCUCGUAUCAAAUCAUUACUUUCGUCUGCAUCUGAUCUCUCUAGUUAAAAGUUUUGGACUGACUUAGGGGGACUCUUCGGAGCUACUAUCAACACUAUAUUUCAAAGGGAAGAGCCUAGAUAGCCAGUUUUGAAAUUUAAAUGA